ACAAGAUAUAAACCCCUGUGGCCUAAAAUGGACCUUUUGGCUGCAUGUUUUUUAAUAUUAUCACCACUUCUCUCGGAUGGCGCCAAGACAUUCAAGAGGAGCGGAUUCUUGGCCCCGGUCCCCGUCCUUCACAGUUGCUCGAAGAAUCUCGCCCUUGGCAAUCACAUAAAGGGGAAUCUACAGCUAAAUCACAGUGAACGCAAAGCUAAUGGCAGACUAAAUGCUUUAAAAUCGCAAAACCGCGACAUCAACAAAGAGGAGAGUCAUUCCUUUGACCAAUUCACCGGAUUGGACGACGUAUUCGAUAAAAAGCUUUUGUUUUCCGGGAGGACCCUUGAAUUGAGCAAGGAGGACUUUAUAGCGAGACAGACAGACUAUGAGAACUACAAGAACGAUACCCUCCAUAAGAUGAAGCAGUUUAUCACUAUUGUCACGUCCGCGAUUGCCGUUGGAGUAUUGUACCAGGUUUUGUCGCUGUUUAAGCGUUUUCUCGAGCAACAACACUUACAGCUCAAGAACGAAAGCUAUGAGCAACCCACACACACCGAAUAAUGGAGGCCUCUGUGAGGUUUGAUGUAAUAUAUAGUCGUGUAAAUG